AUGAGAGCAAGAUCCUUAGUCAUCUUCCGAGAUUCCACCACACCAAUACAACCGAGAAAUGGAGAGCGCCGAAGGAAGUCUGUUAAGAAGGGUGAGAAUGAUCUUCCAGGGUUGACUGAUGUUGAGAAGCCGAGGAUGAAGGGCCCCAAGAGGGCUUCAAAGCUUUUCAACCUUUUCAAGGACGAUGAUGUUAGGAAGUAUGUCAACACAUACCGCCAGACAUUCACCACCAAAUCUGGUAAGAAGAUGAGCAAAGCUCACAAGAUUCAGAGGCUGGUGACCCCAUUGACCCUACAGGGGAAGAGAGCUAGAAUUGCCGACAAGAAGAAGAGGAUUGCCGAGGCUAAAGUAUCAGAAGCUUUGAAGGAACAGAGAGAAAGGAGGAGCAAGAGUUUGGCCAAGAAGAGGUCCAGACUCUUAGUAGCAGCCUCUAAACCAUCAGCUACUGCAUAA